UUUUAUUAAAUAAAAUGUAUUACAUUUUAUUGUAAUAUUUUAGAAUACAUUUAUAAGGAUUACAAUUGAGGUUUCUUUAUGCAUUUCUCUGUAGUUUACAAUACAUUUCUUGUGUUCUGUGUUUAUUGUCCUGCAUUAGAAUAGUCAUUAACGUCAUGCGUGACUUUCACCACAGCAGCUCCGUGUGCAAACACACCAACUAGAGGAUGCAACACUCCUGUCACACAUGAAGCAGAAACUAUCCAUCCUGUUUCUCAAGUGCGGGGCGUUUUGAUCAGCUCGUGUGGGAUGAGAACCGGGAUUCAUGGCAUCCCUUGAGACCCCAAAUGACCUGCUUUUCUGCACUAACCGUAGGAUUGACCGCCGCCUGACCACUUACCGCUGCUUUACCUACGAGUGUCUUUCAGGUGGGACCCUGAUCACCAGAGAUGGAUGAUUUCACACUGUCACUAAUGGUUUCUGCUCUUUUCAAAUGCUCCGAUCAGUGGCUAUAUUAAGGCUUUGAAUAAGGUCAGCAAUGAAUAGCUUUGUUCUCAGCACCAUAUCCCAGUGGCAAGAGGUAACCGCUUGUUUUUUUUAUUGCACUUUCUUUUCUUGGACUGUUUUAACUUGCAUAGGAUUUAUAUGUAAGUUAUUCUUGUGGAAAUCCUUCUCUGGCUGACCUGAUUUUACAGCUGUGCUCCCCUUUGCAGAGCUGCAUGUGCCUUUGACGAAAAGGGGAAAGCAAAGGACAGUAGGCUUGAAUUUCUGUAGUGUGCAUGAGUACAAGCUCAAAUCUGGGGCAAAUGGCUGAAAACCCCGAAGACCCCCUUGUAUUGUUGGAGAUCCUGGAGGUGUUAGGUGCAUGCCGUGGGAGUGUGUCGUACGCGGAUAUUUGUGUCUAUCUGAGUGGACACUUCAGCCUGCAGCCGCUUUUAGAUUUACGGAGUCUCUUAUACUCCACUGCCUGUAGAGACCCCUGCUUCCCUGCCACCCUCUUCCGAGAGCGACUUCACCCGCCCUGCAGCAACCGGCUCUCGGCGGCCGCCGAUGUUGUCUCCCUGUUCAACCUCCUCAUGCACACCCGCAUGGCUCCUACAUACACUCAGAACCUUCAGUCUCUGACGCCCUGUCAGGUCUGUGGGAAGGGAUUUGUGCGUUACGACUGGCCGGCUGCCUUACCCGUCACAGGAGGAGGGACCGCCUCUGAGGAAUGUAAAUAUGAGAACCUCCCUUGUGAAGCGUUCAGUCAUAAAACGGAGGCUUCACAGGCUCAGACCGCCUCUGCGUUGGUUGCUCAGCCUCACUCACGCAUGCACAACCGGGACAGCAUGCAGAACGCACAUUCUGGGGACGUUUCCAUUGACGUGGUCAAUCAGGAGGCUGGCAAGCCGCCGGCGACCAAUCAGGGAACCGUCGCUCAUUCAAUCUCCCAGAAGAGGAGUGCCUUUAAAGAAGGGCUCCACAAAAUUCCACUCAUAUCCGUGGAAUGCGAUAGCCAAUGGACCCAGGGCCAAAGCCCAGAUGGACCAAGAUCAGAUAGUGAGGACCUGCUGUACGCUCCCCAAAAGAACCCCUAUCCAGACCCCACAGCAUACGCAAAUGACUACUACAACCCAGCAUCACAUGCGCAUGGCCAUUCGUACACUAAUUUGAACGCACCUGAACUGGAUGCACACGGCGCUGACACUCAAUCCUACGAUGAUGCCGCAAACCCCUACGACCCUCAGACUCAGUGGAGUCAGGCGAAGCACGAGAGUUUGGACGAGCUCCAGACGUCCACCUACUUCGGCCCUUCGGUCUCCAGCCAAAAGCACCAAACCCCUGCUCUUCAAAUCAAAAGCCACAGCUUGGACAUCGACAGCAGGACGGCGGAUGAAAGACUUGAGCCAGAAACGACGGGGUUGCAGAAACCCAGAUCAGAGCGGUCUGUCUUAGAGAAGUCUGGAUUACGAAAGCUAGGAUCUGUUAAACUUAGCUUUGAUGGAUCAAGCUUCGACGUUCCCAGUUUUGAUCCUCGCAUCGUCAAUUCGGUGCGGGAUACCUUCAAGCGGCUGAGCGGCAUGAGUUUAGAUGCAUGGUACGAUUGGUCCCCGAGCAUUGAGGGCAUGGUAAGCAUAGGCACCCAAACGGAGCCUGCAGAUCGGCGUGCUUUACGAAGCCUCAUGCUUGCCGAUAAACUCUCCAUCGACAACCCUGACAUCGGUGAGGACGACAUCAGCGCCAUCUUCCGUUUUCUAGAUGACAUUAGCAUGUGUGACUCCAUGGCAGUGCUGCCAGGGGAAGGAGGCGGGGCCCAUGAAGGGGGUGGAGCCGGGCUGCCAGAGAGGCGUGAACGUUUGGGAAAGUUACGGAGGUUGUUUCACUCCAUGGAGGCACCUGAGGAGGGCGUAAGAUGGGGCGUGGGGCGCCUGCUCCAACGGGUCACGGAGCUGGAGCAACAGCUAGAGCCUAUCGCAGAGCUACGUGAGCAGCUGUCCCUCGUGCUCUCCACGCUGAACCGUCUGGAAGAGCGGGAGCAGGUUGCAUGCCCACACGUGCAUCAAAUGCACAUACAGCCACAGCUCACACCACGGCCUAGCCUGCAGCAACAGCAGGGCUCCCCGAGGACCAAUUUAGUGGCAGAGGGCGUCAAUGAGGCAGCAGCGAAACGCAGACGGCUGUUUGUGCGCAGGACCUCCAGGAGCCACACGGAGAGCAGCGGAUCAGAAGCCCCCAGAGAGUGGAGCAUCAGCUUCAGCAAGGAGCCACACAUACAGUCUGUUAAGUCAGAUCAUUUAGGUGGAGUGCAUAAAAGAGAGGGCUCUGUAGUGCAGGAAGUGACAGGCUUUCACCUUAUGCCACCUGAGACCCACAAUGCCCCACGCCGCACAUCUGUCCAUAGCACUACCCAGCAUGUGACUGAACGGCCCAAAGUGACCUGGAGCCAAUCAGAUUUAACACCGCUGGAUCUUCAGGUGACACCUCCAAAUGCCCCUGAGUCUUUGGAGUUCUGGACGGAUGAGAUUUACACACCGGCCUCCGACACGCUCCUGCGGCGUUCGCAUUCGUACACCCGUUGCAGCAGGAACCAAGCGUUCCGCAUCGCUGCCCUCAGCAUCACUGCCACCGUCAUCCUCAUCCUCAUCAUCGUCAUUCCAGUCAGUACCGUGUAACGUACAUACAGUCACAUGACACGCCUGAGGCUACAUUGAAUGGUACAAUACGUGUUUAUUAGAUUAUAUUAUCAAGAUUUUAACGAACGCAUGAAUUCUUCAUGAACCUAAUCCGAGAAGCAUGACAGAUUGUCCCAGUGUAAACCCUAUGCAAAAUAGACUACAUUUCCUGAAACCUAGGUCUUUUUGGAGUUUCCCUACCUUUAGUUUUGUUUGAAUUUAAGCAGGUUUUCAGUUAUUCUGCAGUUCAUUGCUCGCGGACGUUCCAGUAUGCCCUCUUUGUUGACGGAUAUUGGGGAGUUCCCAUUAGUCUAAUGUAAUUCUGCUGAAACCUGAGACGGCAUCCACUUGCUCGCACAGCGGCACAUGCUUUGCACACUCUUGCGCACCUCUGCUCUCUCUCCAUUUAAAUGCUUGGAAAAUCCAUUAUUAGUUUCAAAUUUACAUGCAACUGCCCUUUAAAUCUGCUAAAUGUCCCCGAAUUUGGAGGAAAUGCUGACGUGUGAGUGAUAUGAAUCUCUCGUUUUCGUUUGAUGCAUAUUCUUCACUACUGACCUGAAUUUGUGGUGAACUCAAUAACUACCAAAAUAGUGCUACAAAACAUUACAUCCUGCCUCACAAAAGCUUAAAAGAAAAGGAAAACGAGCCUCCAGAGAUCCAGAAUGGAUGCAUGAUGGUGGAUCGAUACCGGCACACAUUUUCAAUUUGCACAACAGCACUAAACUUUUAAUGGGCUGUGAUGGGACAGAGUGAGGGAGGGAGGGGAGAGACGGAGAGUCCUCUUUUAUUGAGCCUGAAGCUUACUGAGUCCUACUUCUGUCUGCUGCAGCUGAUUAAUGAGCGAUCUGCUCAGGUAAAAGGGGUUUCCAAUGAAACUGAUGGGAUUUUUACAUGCAGUUUGAUCUAUGAUCGCUAUUGUCAUUCAUCUUGCACUACACACUACAGAAUGAAUGAUUCCUCAAUCGAUUACUCUUCUAAAUAAUCAGAUUUGCAAUCACAGGCCAGUAAGCGAUCACCUACAAAAACAAGCAAAGUUAUGACAGCCGCUCAGACCAACUAAGCAAAUGCAUAGUAAGCCUUGACAAUGCUUUGAACAGCUAAAUACUGUAAUGUGAUGACAAUUGAAUGAGAUGUCCUAUUUUAAGGAGGCUAUGUGGGAAAAGUUUUGACUUUUGACAUGAUUUUGAUUGAUAUUUUUCUGUUCUUCUUGUAGAAAUAGCCUGCAUUUCUCCUCAGAAUCAUUCUUGUUUUUCAUUCCAUGAUUGUAUAAACUCAUGCAUUUCUGGAUUGGGAUUUUUCCUUUUUCAGGGCACCUUUGUCUUUUCAUAAAGCUGGUUUUGGUUAUUCAAUGGGACUGUGUCUUGUGUGUCAUUUUUUUCCGCCAGUUAAACAAGCAGGAAGUUGCAUAGGAAGCAGGUGGAUCAUGACAGUGGUUGGAGUGAGAGGUUUUCUUUAAUAAUAUCAUAAAUGCUUUUGCACAUUGCUGCUUGCUGCUUUUCCCAAUGCAGUUUUAAUAUUCCAGAGCUCUCAUAAACGUGUAUUAUCUAUUUAUGAUGUGUCAGUUCCGUUAUUGACGUGAAAGCACUUAACUGCACUUACACACAGUCUCUCAAGCUCACAUGAGGCUUCC